AUGGCAAAGCUAUCAGUCGAUGAUCGAGAAAAGGUGUACAAUGACGUCCAUGGGAUACCAGACGACUGUGUAGAGGAAACCCCAGAACUUAUUCACAACAGUUUGUGGGGAUUGCAACACGAGAUCGAUAUUCUACCUGACAAGAAAGCGUAUAACAUUGCGGAACGACUAAAUCCAAAAUAUACCCAGGAUAGAGACUUUCGACUUGCGUUUCUUCGAUGCGAGAAGUUUGAUUGUCAAAAAGCAGCGCUUCGAUUUGUCCGUCACUUUCAAAUGAAAUUGGCCUUGUUUGGUCAGGAUAAGCUUGUAAGAGACAUUACUCAAGAUGAUUUAGAUAUGGAUGAAAUGGAAAUUCUCCACCUUUCAAAUGGAAGAUUCUUGGACGCGUAUGAUAGGAGCGGGAGAGUCAUCGCUAUUGUUGUUAUGGUGAAGAAAACGUACAAGACGGACUCGUGUCUUCGUAAGGGCUUUUAUAACACGAUGGCAGCAUACCGUGACACAGAGAUACAACGACGUGGCCUUGUAAAUGUCACUAUCCAGUUUGGAACUGAAAUCCAGGGAACGAGUUCAGAUAAUCCUGAUCUUGUCUGGAAGUUGCCAAAGCAAAUUGAAGCAUUUCCCUUGUGGGUCUCGGCUAUCCAUCUAUGCUACACUAAGGAAGCAUGGGAAGCUCACAAUGCAAUCGUAAAGACUGCACUCAACAAGCAGAGCCGAGUUAGAUGUCGUGUACAUUGUUGUGGCACGAUCCUCGAAUGUUUAGAAGAAUUACGUGGAUAUGGAAUCGACCCAUCUUCCCUACCCGUGAACAACAAAGGCGAGAUUACUGAUCGUAUCAAAGAUCAUAAGAGACUGGAGCAACAACGGCGGCAGGAGCGCUUGAGAUAUCCUACUCCAACCGCGAUUGCUGUUCCAUUUUGCGAGGACGUUUUGUUGGGCAAGGGCACCCCAUUUCAGAUCCACCGUGGCAACAAAAAGCUGCAACAGUUUGUAGCAGAUCGGUACAAAGAAGUACGAAAGGGCGCAAAAAGGGGCAAAGAAAACUGUUGCUCAAGAAAUCAUUGA